AUGAAUAGCAAGUCGAAAUCAAAGAAAGAAGAGCAAAUAAAGCAACUCAAUGAGUUCCUCAAGACGUCUGCGUUGAACAUUAUCGAAUUGGAACGAACUUUGAUCCAAACUUUGGGAGCUGACGAUGCAAAUGAAGAAUUGGAUGAGCUGAAAGAACGGAUUGAAAAGUGGGACGAGAAGAUAGAAGGAGCCGACGAUGGCCGUGGAACGUAUGUACAACGGAUGAGUAUAAGAAAGAGUACCAGUUCGUCGCCUCAAGCAUUUCCGAAGAAGAAUCUUUCUCCGGAACGGGCAAUCAACUUUGCCAUAAAGAGUCUCAAUUCCUCUAUUGAGUUUUUUGGGGAAGAGAGGGACCUGUUUCUAUCAAAGCAAGAGGCAGCGAAGAAGACUAUUGAGCAAAAGGAAGAGGAAUGGAAACAAAAAAUUGCCGAGUUGGAACAGCAAGUCAAGGAGGCCAAUGAGAAACGAGGUAAAAUCGAAGAGCAGAAUGAAGAAAAGAACAAACAAAUCGAGCGAUUGAAAGCUUUGAAUGACCAAUAUGAAGAAUUCGACGAGGAAAGGGAACAACUAAAUGAAAAGUGCCAAAGCCUGGAAGCUCGAACUACCGAACUUGAAGCUGAAAAGGAAACGCUCGCUCUUAAGUGUACCGAAUUUGAAUUUGCCUUGGACGAAGCCCAAAACCGAGUACCGGAUCUACCACAAGACGAUGACGAAGAAUCGAACGAAGCCUUCGACGUGGGUAUGCUCCAAAAUCGAAUUGAACAACUCGAAACUGAAAACAACGAGUUGUCCGUCCAAGUUGACGAACAAACGGACACCAUUAUCAAGUUGAAGAAGGAAAAGCGACUGAGUAAAUUUGACGACAAGUUGCAAGGUAAGGCGGAUGAUUUCAAGGUAGAAGAAUACAUCAAGCGGUACGACGAUCUGAAAGCCAAACACACUGGCCUGCAGGCGCAAUGUCGUUUCCAAGAACGACGAAUAGAUGAAUUGGAGAAGCUGAGUGCUACCAAGGACGGGGCGAUGCAAAAGCUGAAGGAAGAUCGGAAAAACGAACGAGAGAACGAAAUGAUGAAGAACAAGGCACUCGAGGACGCUCUAACGGCCAUGGGAGACGAACGAUCGCGGUUGCUACUGCAGAUUCAGGACAUUGAAGAUGAACGACAAAUGCUGAUAUUCAAAUGUCAAGCCCAACAGGAUGCGAUUGUUGCUGUCAAAAAAUCGGCUGGGCUGUUGAAAGACGUCGAUUUUGACCCCAAUAAUGCCACCAUGGAAGAAGUUAAUGAUGAUCGAGAACGAUUGGCCCAUAGAUGCACUUCACUUGAAGUCCACAUUGGAAUGCUGGAGAACGAAAUCACAGUUUUGAAGUCUCAGUCGCUCGCCAAGGAUCAGAUGAUCAAGGAUUUGGAGCAAUUCACCAAUACGGUGUCAGAUGAACAAAAUGGUUCAGGGAGCGAGGGGAACUCCCAAGGGGAUUCAUAG